UGGUGACCGCGCGGGUGAAGCCGGAAGCGGCGGCCGAAUCCGAGCCCAGGCUCUCGGCGGGGGCGGGGCAGUGCAGGGCCGGCCGGUCGGUCCCGAGCCGCGCGGCUCGAGGCCGGUGGCCCCUGUCAAGCGCCAUGCUCGGCAGGUCCGGGUACCGGGCGCUGCCCCUGGGGGACUUUGACCGCUUCCAGCAGUCGAGCUUCGGUUUCUUGGGCUCGCAGAAAGGCUGCUUGUCCCCGGAACGGGGCGGCGUGGGGCCGGGGGUCGAUGUGCCCCAGAGCUGGCCGUCCUGCAUCUGCCACGGUCUCAUCAGUUUCCUGGGGUUCUUGCUGCUGCUGCUUACCUUCCCCGUUUCUGGAUGGUUUGCUCUGAAGAUCGUGCCCACUUAUGAGCGGAUGAUCGUAUUCCGGCUGGGCCGGAUCCGCACCCCCAAGGGGCCUGGCAUGGUCCUGUUGCUGCCUUUCAUUGACUCCUUUCAGAGAGUGGAUCUGCGGACACGAGCGUUCAAUGUACCUCCCUGCAAGCUGGCCUCUAAGGACGGGGCUGUGCUGUCUGUGGGAGCCGAUGUCCAGUUCCGCAUCUGGGACCCGGUGCUGUCCGUGAUGACCGUGAAGGACUUGAACACAGCCACACGCAUGACAGCCCAGAAUGCCAUGACCAAGGCCCUGCUCAAGAGGCCGCUGAGAGAGAUCCAACUGGAGAAGCUCAAGAUCAGUGACCAGCUCCUGCUGGAGAUCAAUGAUGUGACCCGGGCCUGGGGGCUGGAGGUAGACCGUGUGGAGCUGGCAGUGGAGGCCGUGCUUCAGCCUCCCCAGGACAGCCCAGCUGGGCCCAGCCUGGACAGUACCCUCCAGCAGCUGGCCCUUCACUUCCUGGGUGGAGGCGUGUCCUCAGUGGCUGGCGGUGCCCCACCGCAGGGGCCAGACACCCUGGAGAUGGUGAGUGAAGUCGAGCCGCCGGCCCCUCAUGCCAGUGCCGGGCCCGGCCUGAGCCAGCCUGUGGCCGAGGGGCUGCUGGCUGCUCUGCAGCCCUUCCUGUCAGAGGCCCUGGUCAGCCAGGUGGGCGCCUGCUACCAGUUCAACGUUGUCCUACCCAGUGGCACCCAGAGCACUUACUUCCUGGACCUCAGCACAGGGCGAGGGAAAGUGGGACACGGGGCUCCUGAAGGCGUCCCCGAUGUGGUGGUGGAGAUGGCUGAGGCGGAUCUCAGGGCCCUGCUGUGCAGGGAGCUGCGGCCCCUGGGGGCCUACAUGAGUGGACGGCUGAAGGUGAAGGGUGACCUGGCCGUGGCCAUGAAGUUGGAGGCUGUCCUGAGGGCCUUGAAGUAGCAGCCUUGGCAGACCACCCAUAACCCAGGCCCCAGUUGGCAC